AUGGCGGCGCACCACGAUAUCUCCAUCCAGCCUCGUAUGCUAAAACGAGCUCCCUUCACAGUCGAAGCUUCCGGCUACGAACCCGUCGAAGGCGAAACCAUCCCUCGCCGACACCCUGCCGCAAAAGACAAACUCAUCUCCCGCCCUGCUGAGGACGUCGCGACCAUCUACGACAUUCUCCGGAGAGGCGCCAAGAUCUUUGGUAAUGCCAAAUGUGUCGGAUCCCGGCGUGUCCUCAAUACGCACGUUGAAAACAAAAAGGUGAAGAAGCUGGUCGAUGGCGAGGAGCAGGAGGUCGAGAAGCAAUGGACCUAUUUCGAGCUCACGAGCUACGAGUAUAUGUCCUAUGUCGAGUUCGAGAAGCUUGUAUUGCAGGUUGGUUCGGGCUUGCGCAAGUUGGGUCUCAACAAGGGCGACAGAUUGCACCUUUAUGCUGCUACUAGUGCGCAUUGGUUAGCUACUUCUCAUGCCGCCGCAUCCCAAUCAAUAACCUUCGUUACCGCAUACGACACCCUCGGAGAGGAAGGAUUGAGCCAUUCACUCAAACAGACAAAGAGUGACGCCAUCUUCCUCGACCCCGGUCUCAUUCCAUCCCUCACAAACGUCAUAAAGGAUAUCCCCAAUAUCAAACACGUCAUCUACAACACUGGCGGCGUCGAAGUGAAGCAAGAGGAUCUCGACAAGCUCAAGUCGCAGCACAGUCAUCUCAACGUUGUCAGCUUUGAUGAUGUCGUCAAGGCAGGCGAAGAAAAUCCCGUUGAUCCUGUUCCUCCGCAACCCGAAGAUCUUUGCUGUAUCAUGUACACUUCCGGAUCGACUGGUACGCCAAAGGGUGUGUCGUUGACGCAUGGAAACGUAGUUGCGGCUGUUGCCGGUGUUACCGUUAUUGUUGGUCCGUAUAUCGGCCCAGGUGAUUCUCUGUUGACCUAUCUUCCACUUGCUCAUAUCCUGGAGUUCGUCUUUGAGAAUGCAUGCAUGUUCUGGGGCGGCACCAUGGGCUAUGGAAACCCCAGGACGCUAUCUGAUAGCUCGGUGCGAAACUGCAAAGGAGACAUUCGUGAAUUCAAACCAACUAUCCUCGUCGGAGUGCCUGCCGUUUUCGAGACGGUCAAGAAAGGCAUAUUGGCUCAGUUGAACAAAGCCAGCUUUGUCGUCAAGAACAUGUUCUGGGGUGCCUUGUCUGCUAAGCAGUUCUUACUGCAGACUGGCUUGCCUGGUGCUGGUGUAUUGGAUGCGGUCGUCUUCAGGAAACUGCGUGAGGCGACUGGUGGUCGUCUCCGUAUUUUGAUGAACGGUGGCGGUCCCAUUGCCAAGGAUACAUUGAAGUUCAUCUCCUAUGCCAUCGCACCCAUGAUCAGUGGAUACGGCUUGACUGAAACCACUGCAAUGGGCGCACUGCAAGAUCCAUUGGCAUGGAACCCAGAGGCACUGGGUGACAUUCCCGCAUCAAUCGAAAUCAAACUGGUCGAUUUCCUAGACGCAGGCUACUCGGUGAAGAACAACCCUCCACAAGGUGAGAUUCUCAUCCGUGGUGCCAGUGUCACUCGUGGCUACUAUGAAAAUGAAGAAGAGACCAAGAACGCGAUCACUGAGGAUGGCUGGUUCCGAACUGGUGACAUUGGCGAAUUCGACAAGUACGGCCAUUUGCGCAUCAUUGACCGUAAGAAGAACUUGGUCAAGACGUUGAAUGGAGAGUAUAUUGCGUUGGAGAAAUUAGAGUCUGUGUACCGUGCACAUCCCAUCGUGGCAAAUAUUUGUAUCUAUGCUGCAGAGCACCAAAUCAAGCCCGUUGCCAUCAUCGUACCGGUUGAGGCUGAGCUGCAGAAGAUGGCCAAGGCGCAGGGUAUUGAGGGACAGCAUCUGGAGUCUUUGGUGCACAACGAGAAGCUCAAGUCGACCAUCUUGAAGGAGUUGCAGAAUGCCGGCAAGGCUGGCAAUCUCCGGGGCAUUGAGAUCAUUGAUGGAGUUGUCUUGUCUGACGAGGAAUGGAACCCACACAAUGGAUAUACGACUGCAGCCCAGAAACUUCAGCGCAAGAAGAUCGUCGACCACUUCAGAGCCGAUAUCGAGAAGGCAUACAAGUCCUCAUAGAUGAGGUGAGAUGAGACGAGGUCCAUCGCGACAAGACAAAUAAUGAAAGAAGGAAAGUCUACGUAACAAGAAGCAUGACAUGCCACGUGUGUUUCUAAACUGGUAUAACAAUCCAGUUCGCUGAUUGGAUAUAAUCUAUAUCUUCAGUGUUGCAAUCUGAUAUCCUACGCCCUGCUGCGCCUUGCUUAUAUGAUUAGCUAUUGCAUCAGAUGGGGAAAAUCUGGAGAAGAGAAAAACAAAACAAAAACAACUCAGGGAUCUAUAUGUAUAAUGAAUGUGAUUAUGAAUGUUGUGGUUUAUUUACUACUGUGACAUUCAGCACUUUGUUUGUUUCCUUGAUCUCUAUUAUCUAUUAUAUAGCGGUGUGUUUUUAAUUGAUCUACCUGUUGUUUCGGUUCCAUUGCUUAUGGGUUGCAUGGUUUGCUGUUAUAUGUAGUGUUUGAAAUAUUAUGAUACACGCUCCAGUAAUCUCAACUUUUCUGGUU